AUGUUACAACAGGAAAACAAGCCCAAAGCCGAAUUCCAGUCUCUUGCUGAAGAACUCCAAUCUUAUAUACUGAGUUUCCUUCCUUACCGAGAUAUUCUUCGAUGUACAUCCGUAUGUAAGGCCCUUCGCCAGACAUACAUAUCGUGCUCCGAGCUUCAGUACAUCGUUGAGCUCGGCGGUCAGCACCUCCUCCCUGUCCUUAACACUUUUGACAAUCGCACUUCUAUUUCCAAGCGCCUACAACUCCUGAGGGAUAAUGCUCACGCAUGGUUGAAGCUUGAUAUCCACUCUUUCGAAAAAGUCUCCAUACCAUUCCAUACCGAAAUGUGGGUUGUCAACGGGCAUCUUUGCCUGUGGGAGCGACAUAGAGACUCGACCACAAUUUUCCCAAUACUACCGAAGCCUUCCCAACACACAAUUGAGCGUGGUUGGUCUACGAUGUCGUUGCGUUCAGAUCCCAAUGCAUACGGCUUCGAUGUGCUCAUGGAUCCAGUGCAAAAUCUCAUCGCCAUCGCGUAUGCCACUGUCGACGAUCAUUUCCAGUGGAAUGACGAGAGAAUCUAUAUCGAUCUCAGUACCCUGGAUGGAGGAGGUAUCCACCCCCAAGCCGUUGGACGGACAUUAUUUCGGUCAGAGUUGCCUGAAAUCCAGAGCGGUAAUCGCACUUCAAUAAACUUGGGGAAAUUAAAACUCAAGUGCUUUGGAAGGCAUAUCGCUCUGUGGCACUCCCGACAGAUCACUGGUGAAUAUUCGGAUGCGAGGCUAUGGGAGUUGCAGAUUUGGGACUGGCAGCACUCAACAACGUCCAGUAGCGUCCUCAGUGUCACAACAAACCCGCCGUGUGAGGAAGCUAUCGAUUUUUGCUUCCUCGGAAACGACAGGUUACUUAUUUUCGGCGAUGUCGUGAAGGUCUAUUUGAUCGAGGACACGUCUCAAGCGCCGAAAUUACUAGCGUGCUUCUUGUUGCCUAUAUCACUGACGAGUAUACAGUGCAUAUACUCAACGGAUGAUAUUGCACAUAGCUCGCGACCCCAGAUACUAGCCCAACAAACGAUGUGGACUUCUGACCCUGAACAUCAACUACUAUCAGUUGUCACAUUCUCUCCGAAUCUCAUCUUCUUCAUCUCCACCAGAAUUUUCUUCCAUCUCGACUUAUUUGAGGGAAUGCUAGGAGCAAUACCGUGGAAAAACUGGGGUCCUUUAAAUACUCGUGUAUUCCAGACACCGAGCAGUCGCAACAUUUCCGUUGGUGGAAAUCGAGUGUUGCUGGCAUUUCCUACAGACGACACGAUUGGCAUCUGGCAUUUCCCAAAAAAGUAUAGAUUACAUGUGAUGGACUUCAGCCCAUUAGCUGUCGAGCGUCGACAAGGACGAGUCGUGAAAGAGCCAUCUACGAUAGAAAUCACAGAGACGGGGGAGAGCUUAACGACAUCCCUGCCAUACGUUGAGGUUGUGUUGAACCAGGACAGAGCAUUUGGAUAUCGUGGGUUUGAAAAGAUGUGGAUUGAUAGAGACAGAAUUUAUUUCUUUCAUGGAUCGGAUCAGCUCGAGGUCGUUGAGAUAACGCCAAGGGAUGUAGUUGCAGCAAAGCCUAUUACAUCGUCAAACUAG